AUGAGAUAUGGAGCAAUCCCAUCAUCUUCAGAACAGCCACUUCUUCCAGCAGCUACAUUAGUGAACCCAGAAAAUACUGUCGAAGUGUUUGUCGCUGACUUUAAUGGCGUCGCAUUGCUAUUAAAGGUUCCAGUGGGAACAACAAUGACAGAUUUGGUGGAUGCCGCAUAUGAAAUGCCCUCGUUUAAGAAAGGAGACUUUCUCGGCUUUGAAGAUGUAAAUUCGCGGUUGAAUCAUCCUGUGACGGCAGCCGAUGCAAGAAGAUGGACGGCCGAUAAACCACUCCGAUUGAAGUACAAGAGAGACAAAACAUGUUAA